AUGGCGCCGGAAACGCCCAAGGCUAUCUCGUCAAGACUCUUGACCAUGAAAUUCAUGCAACGAGCAGCAGCCUCAGCUUCAUCGAAGGCAUCUCCUGACUCGGAGGCUCCUUCAAAAAAGAGAAAACUUGACAGAUCGCCGGCACCAGGUCGCAUCAACCCCAAUAUCGACCAUGCCUUAAUACAGUCCGCGUUGGACGACCAAGAAGCUGCUCGCCAAGCGGCGCUGCAAAAACAUUCCUCCACUGAUUCACAGUGGACUCUAAAGGCUGUUUUUGAGGGCCAGCCGGGCGAGAAAGCAUCCCAAUCUAUGAACAUCAUGUACGUAGGAUACGGCGACAUCGAUGACGAGGUCACCGAGGACAACCCCUCGAAGGGAAGGACUUGUACCAAACCUUCCAAGAAGGUUACGAGCGGCCGAGGCGAGUCCAAGCCGAGUGACGAAUCAGAUCAAGCUUCUUCGGAUGAAAACGAAGGUGCCAAUGAUAAGUACAAAGCCAGGUCGCCCGGUGAUCGCACGAAUGCAGCAGGAAAUUUCGACCGAUCUCAUCAGUCGCGGUCGCAAUCCAGACAUGACAAUAACGCUGUCAGAGCUAAGCAAUUUCGUGACAAACGCAAACGGAAAGAAGUUCGCUUGAAUAAGCUGACGUCAAUAUCUGCUGCUGGCGGUGGGCAGUUUGUCUCGCAAGGCUACAGAGCAAAGGCAACGAAAGGUUACAACUCUCAUUAA